UUUUUUCCCCUUAAACCCUAAACCCCAAGGUUUUGGUUUUCCAUUCCCCUCCUAUAAUUUUCUCUCUCCUCUUCUAGCAACCUUCAUCGUCGACCACCAAACUUCGCCGCCGAUAACAGUGACAUUCUCAUUCGCCAUUUUUUCUCUCUCCUCAAUUAUCUUCAUGCUCGUUUAUUUUGCUGCUGUUUUAAUGUUUUGCUGCUAAUUUGUGUUUUGCUGAAGUGAAUUUUGUUUUGUUUGAUUUUUGCGCAGUUAUAAUUAUCUUAACUUACAUUCAGGCAAUUUUAUACUGUAAAUUGCUAUAUACUUGAUAUAUUUAUUUCAUCAACGAACAAAAAAUGUCGAUGGACGGAAGUUUUUGUUUGAAAUUGGAGGUGGAGAGGUUGAUUGGCCGUUGUCCCAAGCUUGGAGGUGUAGUAUAUUUCAGUUCUCUCUUAGAGAAGGGGCAUGAGUUCGAGGAGGAACGAGUGGUGAAUGCAUUGGCGGCCAUGUUCUUGCAUCACAGCUAUACAAUACCUAUAAUGGGUUGUUUUCGUCCGAUUGCUAAGAAAAUUGUGGAUCGUGUCGUGGAAUUGUUAAAACUAGUACCGAAUUUGAGGUUUAAUUAUCCCGGGGGAGUUGUAAAUUCCAUGGAUGAAAGGAAUUUUGUGGAUUGUGAAGAACUUGAUGGUGUAGAUCAAUAUGGAGUGAUUGAGGCGUAUUCUCGACGUGGGAGGUUUUUGGAUCUUCAUGAGCUUGCUAAUCUUGCCUUUUGUCGUGUACUUGAUCUGGCUCCUUUCUUGAAGCGUGCUGUAGAAUGCUACUAUGAAUUUGGCGGACCACCAUUUUCUCGUAUUAUUGAUAUUACAUAUAUUGCCAAGGUGAAAAGUGAGCAAGCUGCAAGGCAUUUACGUGAACUGGUGUGGACGUCUUAUCGGCUCCUCCUUUUGGACCCUGAACAUUUUUCAAGCCGUUGGAAUUGGUGCUGUUUUCUGGACCUGGUGCAUCAAUCUAAAAGUUUCGAUGCUUGUAUCGAUACUAGGCUCACUAUAGAUAUAAGAUGGUGUGCAGUGCAGAUACUGUGUGUCCUACUGAGAUUACCAAGUAGAAGCUCUGUACUUGGUUUGCCGCCUGUAGAAGUGCUACAAUGCCUGUUGCGGUGGUCUGAGUUCUGUUGGGAUGUAUCAAUGGAAAAGGCUGGCUGGUUCAUAUCCAGAAAAGAGGAUCCAGAUUAUUCAGAUGUUGCUGGUUAUAGUUGUGGAGAGGCUAUGGAUAUUGAUCCGCUGAAGCUUCUCGAUAGAGAACCUGAAGGGUUCAAAAAGAGGUUGCGAAGGGACAGAAACCCUUUUCUUCUGACAUCUUCAAUAAAAGGCAGUUUUGAAAGGGUCAUCUUAGCUAUGAAUCAGAAAUGGCCUGUUCUUUUGUAUGGUCCCCCUGGCUGUGGGAAGACUGCACUUAUUAACAAGUUAGCUCAGGAAAUGGGAAACAGAGUUCUUUCGAUUCAUAUGGAUGAGCAAAUUGAUGGAAGGACGUUGGUGGGAGGUUAUGUUUGUACAGAACAGCCUGGGGAGUUCCGAUGGCAACCAGGUCCUUUGACGCAGGCAGUUAAAAAUGGUUUAUGGGUCGUCUUAGAAAAUAUAGACCAAGCUGCUUCAGAUGUGCAGUCUGUAUUAUUGCCUCUUUUGGAGGGUGGAAGCUCUUUUCUGACUGGCUAUGGAGAGGGUAUACGAGUGGCAGAAGGUUUUCGAAUAUUUUCUACUAUCUCAACUUCCAGAAAUGAUGUAUUCUACCAUGUAGAAGGUGGAAAUGCACUGUCUGCUCUUUGGAGGCGAGUGAUGGUCAGGCCAGCAGCUAGCAGAGACUUGGCGAAUAUUGUGACUGCAUGGUAUCCGGAUUUGGAGCCUAUAGCUGGGAAGCUCACAGAAACUUUUGACAAUCUUAAUGGAGCUUCUGUAUUUCUUGGAUCUGGUAGUAAGAAUCCCACCAGCAGAUUCUCACUGAGGGAUCUUUUGAAAUGGAGUAGAAGAAUUGCUGGUUCAGGUUUUAGUUUCUAUGCAGAUGGUCUGUCGGCUGAUUUACGUAGUAGGAUAUAUCUGGAGGCUGUGGAUGUAUUUGCUGUCAGUGCAGCUUCACCAGUUAAUCGGUGGAAUACUGUAAGGGACAUAGCUAAGAUGUGGGGGGUGCCUGUCCCAGCAGCAGAGGCCCUAUAUUGUCUUAACAGACCUGUUCUUGAGGAUAUGCCUGGAGCUGUUCGAAUUGGGAGAGUCACUCUGCAAAAAAAUGAUGAUGCUACUUUCCUUGAAAAGAAGCCCUUUGUGGAAAUUCGCAGUUCUUUUCAUGUAUUGGAGAGAAUAGCUUGCGCUGCUAAAUGGAAUGAGGCUGUUCUUCUGGUUGGUGAAACUGGUACAGGAAAGACUACACUUGUGCAGAAUCUGUCGACAAGACUUGGUCAGAAACUUACUGUUCUGAACCUAAGUCAGCAGAGUGAUGUAGCAGACUUGCUGGGGGGCUUUAAACCAAUGGAUCCUCAGUAUAUAUGCAUCCCUCUUUACAAGGAAUUUGAGAGCUUGUUCCCCACUACAUUCUCUCUAAAGGAGAAUGAGAAUUUUCUAGCUUGUCUGAGAAAGCUUCUGAACAAGAAGAACUGGAUUGCAUUAUUGAGUGGGUUUCAGAAAGGUGUACAAAAAGCGGUUAAAUCAGGGAGAUGUGGUCCCGGAACAAAACGAAAGAGACCUUUGGACGAAAAAGUUUUGGGGCUCUGGGAGAGUUAUUCUCAGAAAGUGGAGAUAGCUCACCGACAACUUGCUGGCGCAUCAGGAAUGAUAUUCACAUUUGUUGAAGGAGCCUUUGUCACAGCACUUCGUAAAGGUGAGUGGAUCUUGCUAGAUGAAGUAAAUUUAGCCCCCCCAGAGACAUUGCAAAGAAUAAUCGGGGUCCUUGAUGGCGAGAGUGGCUCACUAUGUUUAGCGGAAAAUGGUGUUGUUGUGGAUAAACAUCCUAACUUUCGCAUGUUUGCCUGCAUGAAUCCAGCAACUGAUGCUGGUAAACGGGAUUUGCCAUAUUCAUUGCGUAGUAGAUUUACAGAAUACUUUGUUGAUGAUGUCUUGGAAGAUGAGGACUUGACUCUGUUUGUUGAUCAGUUUCUUGAUGAUCGACAAACAGACAAGAAUUUAGUCAAUCAGAUAGUACGUUUUUAUAAGGCGGCUAAGAAGGAUUCUGAGGACAAGCUGCAGGAUGGGGCCAACCAGAAGCCUCAAUAUAGUUUGAGGUCUCUUUAUCGUGCUUUGGAAUACAUAAGAAAAGCAAGGAGCUUAGGGUUUAAGAGAGCUGUGUAUGAUGGAUUUUGUAUGUUCUUCAUGACAUUAUUGGACGAUCGCAGUGCUGAAUUGAUGAAUGAAAUGAUUGUUUCAUACUUGCUUGGAGGUCAGAAGCAAUUACCACCGCCCAUACCUCUGGAGAAACUGUUACAGAUCAGAGAAAGGCCUGGGUCUGAACAUUUUCUGAGUGCAUACAUUAUUACUAAAAGUGUUGACGAGCACAUCAGGAGCUUGGCUCGAGCAGUUUACAUAAAAAGAUAUCCUGUUCUUUUGCAGGGUCCGACCUCUAGUGGGAAGACUAGUCUUGUGGAAUAUCUUGCUGCAAAAACUGGACAUGAGUUUGUCCGCAUAAAUAAUCAUGAGCAUACUGAUCUGCAGGAAUAUCUAGGAUCGUAUAUAACUGAUGCUAGUGGGAAGCUUGUAUUUCAUGAAGGUGUAUUGGUCAAGGCAGUUCGCUAUGGCCACUGGAUUGUCUUGGAUGAGCUCAAUCUUGCGCCUUCUGAUGUCCUGGAAGCGUUAAAUCGACUGCUAGAUGAUAAUAGAGAACUUUUUGUGCCAGAACUACGUGAAACAGUGCGUGCUCAUCCGAAUUUUAUGCUUUUUGCUACUCAGAAUCCCCCUACUUUCUAUGGUGGCCGUAAGAUGCUUUCACGUGCAUUUCGCAAUCGUUUUGUUGAGAUACAUGUUGAUGACAUUCCAGAGGAUGAGUUAAUUGAAAUACUAGAGAAAAAAUGCAAGAUCCCUCGUAGUUAUGCAAAGAAAAUGAUUGAAGUGAUGAAGGAACUACAACUGCGGAGGCAGAAGAGCAAAGUUUUUGCUGGAAAACAUGGAUUUAUAACUCCACGAGAUUUAUUUCGAUGGGCUAACCGUUUCAGAAAAUAUGGAAUUUCGUAUGAAGACUUGGCUAGAGAUGGAUAUUUCCUUUUGGCAGAGAGGCUCAGAGAUGAGACUGAAAAGAAUAUAGUGCAGGAGGUUCUGGAGAAGCAUCUACGUGUUAAACUCAAGACAGAAGAGCUCUAUAAUCAGGAAUCUCCUAAGACAAGAUCUCUUGGGGAAGAUGUUGGAAAUAUUGUUUGGACCAAAAGUAUGGAGAGGCUCUAUUUCCUUAUUGAACGGUGUUAUCAGCUACAGGAGCCGGUAUUGCUUGUAGGUGAAACCGGUGGAGGGAAGACCACAGUGUGCCAGUUACUGAGCAUGGCUCUAGGUGCCAAAUUACAUAUUUUAAAUUGUCAUCAGUACACAGAAACAUCUGAUUUUAUAGGGGGUUUUUAUCCAGUUCGUGAGAGGUCUAGAAUAGCAUCAGAGUUUAAGACUCUGAUAGAACAGCUGGUGUUGUCGAAGGCUUUUAUCAAUUUUCAUAACGAUAUUAAAUUAUCCACAGAUAUUGGCAAAGCUCCUUCAAUUCUUAAGCAACUGGGAGAGAUAUUGGAUAGUUGUAAACAUGGUCUGAUCUCAACGCCUGAUGUAAGUGAAAGUGAUCUUGCCCCUUUUGAGAAAUUAAAAGGGGAGCUAUUUGAGCUGUAUCGGCAAUGGCAAACAAUAUUUGUAUGGCAAGAUGGACCACUAGUGCAAGCUAUGAAGGAUGGGGACUUACUUCUUGUGGACGAGAUCUCUUUGGCCGAUGAUAGUGUUCUAGAACGGUUGAAUAGUGUGCUCGAGCCAGAUAGGAAACUGUCUUUGGCCGAGAAAGGAGGACCUAAUCUAGAGACAGUGACAGCCCAUGAUGAUUUUUUUCUCCUCGCUACAAUGAAUCCUGGCGGAGAUUAUGGCAAGAAAGAAUUAUCUCCGGCUCUUCGGAAUAGGUUCACUGAGAUAUGGGUUCCUCCUGUUUGUGAGCUGAAUGAGUUGAGGGGGAUUGCUGAAAGAUUCCUAUGUCCAGAGCUCCAUUGUUUUGUGAACCCUCUCCUUGCUUUCUGGGAGUGGUUCAACUUGAUGCAAGCAGGAAGAAUGCUUACUGUGAGGGACCUUCUUGCUUGGUUGGACUUUGUUACAAAGACAGAGAAGAGCUUACAUCCUAAUUUUGCAUUUCUGCAUGGGGCAUUUCUUGUUUUGCUUGAUGGGCUAAGCUUGGGCACCGGUAUAUCAAAGAAUGAAGCUGCUGGAGUAAGAAAGAGAUGCCUUGCUUUUCUUGUAAAGCAACUUAAGGAAGAUAAUUCUGCUAUGGAUGACUCAGAACUGCUUCGAAUGGACAAUUAUGGAUGGGCUGAUAUUAGCAGAGCUGUGGAUGAUUCAGAAACUGAGGAAAUGCAAUGUGACAAUCAUUUUGGUAUUCAUCCAUUUUAUAUCAAGAAAGGUGCUGUUCACCUGGAAGAUAGUGGGUUUGAGUUCUUGGCUCCUACUACACGUAGAAAUGUCUUGCGAGUUUUGCGUGCUAUGCAACUGUCAAAGCCUGUGUUGUUGGAAGGUAGCCCUGGAGUUGGGAAAACAAGUUUAAUUUCAGCCGUCGGAAAGUUUUCAGGUCACAAGGUUGUACGUAUCAACCUGUCUGAACAGACCGAUAUCAUGGACCUACUAGGGUCGGACUUGCCUAUUGAGAGUGAUGAAGGGUUACAAUUUGCUUGGUCUGAUGGAAUAUUACUACAGGCCUUAAAGGAGGGAUCAUGGGUUUUGCUGGAUGAGAUCAAUUUGGCUCAGCAAUCUGUUUUGGAGGGACUGAAUGCUAUCUUGGACCACAGAGCUGAGGUUUAUAUUCCGGAGUUGGGCCAAUCUUUCAAGUGUCCAUCUUCUUUUAGAGUUUUUGCUUGUCAAAAUCCUUCUUGCCAGGGUGGUGGCAGGAAGGGUCUCCCAAAAUCGUUUCUUAAUAGAUUUAUAAAGGUCUAUGUGGAUGAAUUAGGCGAACAUGAUUAUCAUUACAUAUGUCGUUCCCGCUUUCCGGCCAUCCCCGAGUCCAUACUUACCAGAUUGAUUGCAUUUAACAAGAGAUUGUAUGAAGAUACUAUGUUACAUCAUAAGUUCGCACAGCAGGGAUCUCCAUGGGAAUUCAAUUUACGUGAUAUCAUGCGCUCCUGCCAGAUAAUUGAAGGUUCUUCUGGAUAUAUGAAGAAUGAUUCCUUCCUAGAUGUUGUCUAUGUUCAAAGAAUGCGAACUGCUGUAGACCGGAGGGAGGUAUUGCGACUAUAUGAAGAAGUUUUUGGAACGAAACCUUCUAUAAACCCAUAUCCACGUGUACAAAUGGAUGAUCACCUUUUGGUUGUUGGUAAUUCUCGUAUUAGGAGAAACCGUUUCCAGUCCAUCAAGACCAUUGAUAGCGAACUGAAGAUUUUUCCAGGAUUGAGGAAUACAUUGGAAGCUGCCGCACAAUGUAUACAACAGAAGUGGUUAUGCAUUUUGGUCGGGCCAACAUCUUCAGGCAAGACGUCGUUAAUAAGGCUGCUUGCGCAUCUAACUGGAAAUGUGCUCAAUGAAAUUAAUCUUUCAUCUGCUACUGAUAUAUCUGAAUUACUUGGGUCUUUUGAGCAGUACAAUGCCUAUAGGAACUUUCACUGUGUUGUCACUCAAGUCGAGCGCUAUAUUAAUGAGUACUGCAACCUGAAGUUAGAUUCCUCUGCUGACGAAUUUCUAAGGGACAGAGAAGAGCUGAUUACCAAAUGGCUCUGUUUUUCAUCUAAUAUUAGUUCUGGCCACACACCUAAUUCUGGUGCUUCAGAUGGUGAUAGUUGGAGGGAAUCUUUAUCUUUGUUGGUUGAGAUUAUUGAACUUAUAGCAUUUGAUUUGGAGAGGUCUAUGCUUCCGGUGUCUUGGUCUUUGGACGAUCUGUCUAAUGUUUUGCAGAAAGUUCAGAAGCUGCAAGAAGUUCAAAAGGGAAGGCCAGUUCCAGUAAAGUUUGAAUGGGCCGCAGGGCCACUAAUAAAGGCAAUUCAGAAUGGAGAAUGGAUUGUGCUUGAGGAUGCUAAUCUCUGCAAUCCAACGGUUCUUGAUCGGAUCAACUCAUUAGUUGAAUCAGAAGGGUCAAUCACUGUCAACGAGUGUGGAAACGUGGAUGGAAAACCUUUGGUUCUAUCUCCACAUCCUAACUUUAGAAUGUUUCUCACCAUCAACCCAAGCCGUGGUGAUGUGUCCCGGGCAAUGAGAAAUAGAGGAAUUGAAAUUGUUAUGAUGCAUCCAAAUUGGCUGCUUAGUGAAGAUGGCAUGGAGAAGAAACAGGAUAUUGAAUUAGAUGAGGUUAAGAGCUUUCUUGCUUUAUUUAACAUUCCUAAUAGGAUGUUGGUUGAUUGUAUGGCAAAAGCACACAUGCAUGCUAGGAAUGAAGGUCUGCUCCUGAAUGUUCAAAUUACUUAUCUUGAACUAGUUCGAUGGGUUCGCUUAUUUGAGCAGCUUUUAAUGACUGGCAAUGAUGUUCUGUGGAGCCUUCACAGUAGUUGGGAGCAUUCAUAUCUUUCGUCAUUAGGUGAACCUUGUGGAUUGCGUAUUGUCCAGGAAGCAAGAACUACUUAUUUGAUGAGCAAUGGUUCCUUAGCUUUAGCAGGAAAGCUUUUUGCUGAUUCUGGGGAUAUUUAUUCGAAGCAAUUGACAGAGGUGUCUCAUGGUGAGUUAUCUCUUUGCUUGCCAGGUGGAUGGCCUGCGGGACUGAAACUUAAAGAUUAUGUUUGGCACUCAGUCGAAGCUUCUGUCAGACAAAACUUCUUGUAUCUGGAGUAUCUUGGGAUGCAGUGUGCAUCAUAUGAGCUGUACAUUCCCAGGCAUCAGAUGUUGAGGGAGGAUGUGUACUCCAAUAGUUCCAAAUCAAUGUACUUGCUGGACUUGAAGAUGUUGCAGGAAAUAAUGUAUCCACGAGGUCCAAGUGGUGGAACUAUGAAAUGCGUUCUGACCAAGGACUUUGAUAUUCUGCUCAUCAAGAAAAAGCUUUUGUUUGCUGCUGAUUGGGUCAUUGAUCAAGUUACCGGAAAAACUGAUCUUGACCUGUGUCUGUCGUGGUUACGUUGGUUUGAUGCGCAGUUGCAUCCCUGCUGCGAUUUCUUUGGUUCUUUAGGUUUGGAGAAUCUACUUAGAAAGGAAUUGGCACACCCAAUCUGGACAUGCAUCUUUCAAUGUUGUCACGAAUUGUCUCAUCAGAGUGGAGACGUUGACCUGCAGUCGUUGCCAAUCCUCGCUUUAGAGUCUGUUGACUUGCUCGCAAGUUUAUCAAUAUCUUCUGCAAAGCUUCUUUUUAAUGCUAUCAAUAGUGUUGGACUUUUAAGACGUAGUCUCUGGCAGUGGAAUGCUGAGGUCAGUGAGCACUUGACUGAUAAAUGUAUUAAAUCUCUGGUGCAAUCCUUGCGAAAGUUGGAAGAAGAAGUGCUGAAUGUGAUUGUUGAAUCUGUAUCUUUUGAAUUUUUACACCAAACAUACACUGACCUUUUGGAAGAGCACAUCCUAUUCUGGAAUAUCAUAGUGUCAUCAGAAUUCGAAACUCUGCUAGUUCAUUGGCGUGCUUUGAUGAAGAUUGUGCUGAAACUGAGAGAACUUUUUCCAGAAGCCGUAGAUAAUAUGUUGAGAAGUUUUGAUACGAUGUCUGUAAAUCUAAAUAAGCGAUUGCCUUACUCUUUAAAUUCUGAGAAGUCGAUGUUAUGGGCACAUGGAGGUCAUCCAUCUUUACCUCGUUCUGCCGAUAUAUGUAAUAAACUUCAGCAACUUGUUGGCUUCGCGAAGCUACUCUGGCCAGGGAAACAUUUGCAAAUGCAAUUUGAUGGUCGUCUCCUCGAAGUUGCUUUAUCAACCAAUCGAGAACUUCGUUUUCUUGCCAUGCAAGGUGUUUGCAUGACAUCAUCUCUAUUUGGGAAAUAUGAAGAGCGGGACGUUGCCGAGAAGUUACAGGAUAUGUAUGAGAGGCUAUCUAGGAGAUAUGACAGUGAAAGAAACAUACUGGAGGAAAAUAGAAGAAUUCAGAGAAGUGGACAUUCCCUGGCAAAUUCUUCUUGUUGUACAGUCAACCCUGAAAUUAUAAACUUUAGCUGUGGUUUCGAGACUUGGAUGCAAAGUCUUGUUAUAGUUGAUGAGACAAGCCUUUUCCUGGAUUUGUUCUUGCUCCAAGAUUUAUCAGCAAUCAUUUUUGCAGAUCCAAAAGACGUGCAAUUGCUUUUAUCUGGCUUGCAUGAUGAUUUGGAAAAUUCUUUGCAUUUCGGAAUCAAUUUUUCAUCACGGGCUCCCUUAGAUUUGGUACCUCACCAGAAAGUGUUAUGGAUACUUGAGGCAUGGAGGAAUGAACCAGAAGUUGGCCAAAAUUUAUUUAGCGGUCUUCUUGAAAUUUGGGGUAAAUGGCAUUCCUGCCUGUGGAAUCGCCCCGUUGUCUCUAACAAGGAGCUUCCUGGGACAGAGGGUUAUGAGUUCCUGAUACCCGAUAUGCUUGUUAAACCACUGAAGACGGAGACUGUACAAUAUUUACUGAAAUCUGCAUAUGUUAUGAAGGAUUACCAUUUUCAUUGCUUCAAGCUCAGGGUUGCCUCAUCUAACAUUUGGAAAAGCGUUGUGCCUAAUGCAGACAUGCAUUCUUCUCUUAUAUGUGGUGCUCGUUACUUGUUGCUCCAGAUUAUAUCUGCCCAUAGAAAGUCCUUUACACUUGAAAACUUUGUGGAAAUUAAAUCAAGUGUUUCGUCGCUUUUCAAGAACAAGAUCAAGCAGGAUGACGUGAAAACUCUUGUUUCGCUUCUUGGUUCAUCCAGACAUCAGAAGUUUGUUUCCCUUGUCAAACCACUUAUUGAACCGCUGCUGAAAGAAGUUUUCUAUACACGCGCGCAUGAGGAUAACAUAAGCUGUGUCUGGUUAAGACUUGGAGCAUUGCGAUUUCACCUGUUGCUUGCUUGUGACGAGCUGGAUCCAGCUAUAAAGUAUAGUUGCAAACAUCAGAAGCUGGUAGAUAAAUGUAAAUCGCUCGAAUUGGAAAAUGAGGUCAGGCAUUAUUGUAAUUAUCUGGCUGGUUCGUUUUCGUCAAGAAAGUCUGAUGAGCAAAGGGCAAAAUUGUUAGAAAAACAUGAAUCGGAGUGCAAAAGAGUGCAAAGAAAGAUUGUCUACCGUUCAGAUCCUGGGAAGUUUAUCAAGCUGAAGGAUGAGUGCAUGGAGUUCUCUGAGAAUGUUAACUCGGGAUUGAAGCUUAUGGAGAAUUCUGAACAGAUUACAAGCUUGCAAUCUCUAAUCGACCAAGCUAGAACCUGGCAGGCAACUGCUAGCCGUUUUAUUGAUCGCUUAUCAGAGGAGUAUGAAAGUUAUGUCGACGUUAUUCAGCCCAUUCAAGUUGCUGUUUACGAAAUGAAAUUUGGCUUAGCCCUGCUCAUGUCAAAUACCCUGCAGAAAGAUUUUCUAGGUCGAGUGCAAGAAAACACACUUGAUCCCAUUCUGGAUGCAAUCUAUUCGUUCAUGAGAUUUCCUCUUGGAUAUCCUUUUGUGAGACAAGUCCAGGUUAACUUCUGUGUACCUGAGUUCCCCUUCUAUGCUGUAAAAUUUUCAACAUGCAUUUGGGUGAAGCUGAUGGAUUUAUUGAAGAAGGUUAUUAUAUCAACUGAGAGAGUUGAUGGAGGGAAAAAGGUUUCGUCUUUCCGGUUAGAAGCUUCUCUUUUGGAUAACGUACUUGGGCAUGUGGUUAAACAUGUCGGUAACACAAAGCUGUUGGAUGUUGCAUCUUUCACGAUAGUUGAUAAGAUUUCUUUCUUCUUCACGAGCUUGUGGAGCGAUGCAAAAGCUCAAGAAAAAACUGAACAUGACAAUGAAACACAGUUGUACAAGUUCAGGCCACGUCCCUUCAAGCUAGAUAAUGCGUACGAGGUUGAUUUGUCAUCUCUUAGCAGUUCUUUCUCAGGUGAUAGCUUCGCUGAAUGGAAGGAAUUGCUUCGUGAUGAAGAGAACACUCUAGGGAAAGACGCUGUUGAGCAGUCCGAAAGCUCUGGAGAUUGGAAUCUUGUUCCAGAGUCAAUGCUGAACACCAUGGUGAAUGUGCAUAAUCAGCUAUUUGGGUCAAACAAUUUGAUUGAAUCUUUAGGAAUUGUGGAGGUGUCUAAUGCUGACAAGCUGAAUAUCUUUGUUAAGUCUUACACUCUUGGAUCAACUUUACUCAAAGGUGGAAUUUAUUUAACAGGAAUAUCUGCUUCCCUCUUGGAUGCUAGACUUAGUGGCGAGCAUAUCCUUCGCCUGUGUCUGGAGCAUAAAGACAUGCUACCUAGGUCUGAUAGUUCGCGGAAUUUUUAUAAGGAUCCAAAUCCAACUGUUGUGGCCAGCAUGGUGGAGUUGCUUAAUUGUCUGAGACAGCAAGUUUUAUCUUUGUUAGAGCAGAGGGAUGAACACCCGGGACUGCAAAAAAUCCUGGAUAUUACCAAUAUGCUCCUGGGCCUUCCGCCGAGCACCUCUGUUGCUCAGGCUUUGUCAGGCCUGCAGUUCCUGGUCAGCCGAGUGACAUUACUGCAGGAAAGUGGUGCGAAAUUUCCUCUUACUGAUGAACUAGAACCUAUUGUUGCUCUUAUUUCCUCGUUUCAAAAGAUGGAGUUCGAGAUGUGGAGAACCAUGCUGGAUGAUGUUCUUAUUCAGUUUGAAACGAAUGCUGUAAAGUUGUGGUUUCCCCUUUACUUGGUUCUGCAUCGAGAAAGCACUACAGAUAUUGCUGAAUAUUCUCAAUCCACAUUGCAAAGCUUGGAGGAGUUUGCUCGAACGUCCAGUGUUGGUGAAUUUAAAAGACGUUUGCAGCUUAUGCUUUCAUUUUAUGGACAACUUGAUGCUGGAAUAUGCCUGGGAUCGUAUGUUAGUUAUACGCAGAAAGAGAACAGAGAUGUUAUAUACAACAUUUUUGGCUUCUAUAUGCAAUCACUGCCUGCGGUUAUGAAUCACAUUGCCUCUAGCACUAAAAAUAUAAAAAGAGAAUUGGAAGAAUUUUUAAAGCUGUGUCAAUGGGACCGUCCUGAAAAGCUUGUGUCUGUGGAAAAUUCAAAAAGAAAUCGUCAAAAGCUUAAGAAGCUCAUACAGAAGUACACUGAUGCACUUCAGCAGCCAGUUAUGCUUGUUCUUACUCAGGAAUCUGAUAAAAGAGGCUUGAAAUCCUUGAAGUUUGACCAGUCACCUGUCAAAGAUUGUGAACUCUCUGCAUUUGAUGUAGCUCAGUUUGAUAACAGGGCUACAUGGUGUGAAGAUUGGAUGAAAAAAGUUGAUAAUGCUGUACAGUGCUUGCAUGCUGGAACAAAACUAGAUAUUCAGACAUCACUUCCUUAUUCUGAUGAUGCCAACACUGUGGAGUUUUGUUCCUUUUUGAAAUCUACUGCUCUUGCAUACAAGGAAAAUUGGGGUGAAGUAUGGCAUAACCUAGAAAAGAUAUGUAGAGCAGUAGCAGAAAGUGCAGAUAUGUGGAAGGAUGAAGGGAAAUCUCAAGUAAAGAUGAGGGCUUUUUCUGAUCUUCUGAAGCUUUUAGAGAGUCAUGGAUUAUCCAAGCACAAAUCUAACCUUCAGAAGCUUUUGGAGAAUAGUUCAUUGUUUAGAGCCAAGUGUGCCUUAAUAGAUGAUAAAUUUAAACAAGGACAAUCAAAUUGGUGGUUUUUUCUUCCAUCCUACGAUGUACAGCAUUUGCUACUGAAGCAUGACAGCUUGUCUUCUGAAGAAGUUCAUGUUAAUGCUUUCAGCCUCUUUCAAAGUUCAAAGAGCAUCAGUGUAGAAGAGAAGUGGAGAUGUGCUAAUCAAUUCUACUUCAAGAGUUUGGCAUCAGUACGGCAUCUACAGCAGAUAUCACUUAGUUUUCACAAAGAUUUUAAUCCCAAUCAGGUUAAUCGGUGUAAUAGCUUCCUUGAACACCUUGUGAUGAUACAAAUGGAGCAACGUGCUGCUGCCUAUGAUCUGUCUGGCCAAUUGCAGCACUUAGAGAGAAGCCUACAAUGUUUAAAAAAAUUGAGCUUGGUUCAUCAUUCUCUUACUGAAGGAAAUCCUGAUGAAGUCAAUGCUUUGACGAGUCAGGAGUCGCUCUUUAGAUACAUGUGGCAGCAAAAGGAACUUUUUGAUACCUUCUGCGCUGUGCUAGAUGAAGAAUGGUUGAUGGUAGAAACAAUAGGAGGUACCCAUCUCAGUAGCUGUGGCGGCAUUAAAGAUGCAAUGAAGGACAUUCUGUUGCUCGUUGAGGAAUUUAGUCCAUUAUUUAAGAAAUCUAAGGCAUUAUUGGAUGAUGAACUACUUUGCAAUGAUUCUGUAAUCAAAGUCACAGCUUCACUGCACCCUGUCGUGGUUUCAAAAAAUAUGGAAGUGUUAGUCAUUCAGAACUUCCAGCUCAUAGGGGAGCUUCAACAACAUGUUCUCUCUUUACGUGUGCGGGGAAUAAACAAGAGAUCAGUUUUGGAUAUUCUACUGGGUCAUUUUGAAGAUAUAAUCGAAAAGGGGAAAAAUUUAGAAAAAGAGUUCUACUCUUCUAGAAACAAUGACCAACCUUCAACUAGUGUUGAAGAUCUUGCUGUUCUGGAAGCUGGAAUCGGUGCAUCACUUAAUUAUAUGUUCACGUAUAUUGGCAAUGCACUUCAAAAGCUAGGAUCUUGGAAUGACAGGAAUACUUCUGAUGAAGCUUUAUUAGUGAAGAUCACAUCCUGGAAAUCUUUGUUCGACUCUUUUGCUGCAGACCUCCGGCUGGAUCUCAUAAGCCAGGAACUUGAUAAAUUAAUUUCUCUAGUUGGAAAACUACCAAAUAUAUGUGGUCUAUCUUCAAGAACUGGUCUUCAAUUUAAACAUCUCGAGGAGAUGCUGGUUCUUGUAUUGAUUUUCAGUGAUGGCCUUUUGCUUGAUUUUUUAGCAGUCCAUGAGAUGGUAUCUAUUCUGACUCAUAGGCUUGCAGAGAUAUUUGCUUCACUGUUUUCCGAGGGCUAUGGUACACGCCCUGAAGACCUAGUUGAUGACACCAAUGGUGACAAGACUCAAGAUGCUAGCGGGACUGGCAUGGGAGAAGGUGCAGGCGUGAAAGAUGUGAGUGACCAGAUAACUGAUGAAGAUGAGCUCCUUGGGACAACUGGAGAGAAAGAAGAGCCAAAUACGUCAAAUGAACUACCAAGCAAGAAUGAAAAAGGUAUCGAAAUGAUUGAUGAUUUUGAUGCUCCUAACUUCAGCAUGAGUGAGGAUUCUGAAGAUGAAGGUAGAGAUGAUGACCAAGGAGAUGAUGAAUCUGAACAGUUAGAUCGUUCCAUGGGGAAUACUGGGGACGAUAGUGAAGUAGUUGAUGAAAAGCUCGGGGACAAGGAUGAAGAUGAUAACCUUGAUAACACGAAUGAGAAGAAUGAGCCGGGAGCUUCAGUGAAAGACACAGAUCCCAGUAAUCGGGAGCUUAGAGCUAAAGCUGAUUCUGCUGCUGCAACUGAUGAACUCACAGAAGGAAACAAAGAUGUAUCCGAUGACAUUGAAGAUAUGGAUAGUGGUGAAGAUGGCGCUGAUGACAAAGAGAACACAGAUUCUAUGAAUAUCGACCAACAGGACGCUCAUGCUGAUCUCAAAGACACUGAUGUCUCUGAGCCAAAUCAAACUUCUGUUGAAGAAUCUGAGAACAUGGAAGUAGACCCUGAUAGCUCCAUGGAAGAAGAUGAAACUGAUGGCAUAGACAAUGAUAUGGAUAAUAAAGAUGGAGAGGAAUGUACUACUGUGCCUGAAGAUGAAACUUCAAUGAAGGCAGAAUCUAACCAGUUAAGUGAAGCAGCAGAGGAUGAUUCACAUAAUAAGAAUGACAUGGAUGGCGAUAUGGAUCUGACUGCACCUACCAAGGACAUCAGGGAGCAGGGGAAUUCUGAAUUGUUAACUGAUCACGUUCCUAACACACAGAUAAUGCCACAGACCGAAAUGCAGAAGGCAGAUUCUAGAAGUAAUGCUCCUGAAAUGCAGUCCUCUAUGAAUAGUGAUAUCCAGAAUGACCUUGCCUCAUCAGAAAACUCCAACCAGAUUCAAAGGCUGUUGGGAAAUUCAUCAAAGGGUAAUCUAACUGAUGAUCAACCACAGCCCCAUUUGCCUCAGCAAGAUCUAUCAUCCUAUCAAAAGAAUCAACUGAAUCCACUACGCAAUAUUGGGGACGCGCUUCAAGAAUGGAAAGAGAGAGUGAAAGUAUCAGCUGAUAUUCCACAAAGAGACGAAGAGACUGUAGAUAAUAUGGAGGAUGAAGAAGCAGAUGAGUUUGGGUUUACAUCUGAGUUUGAUCAGGGACCUCAGGCAUUAGGAUCUGCAAUGCCUGACCAGGUGGAGCAUAAUAUUGGCCGUGACAUGCCUGAUGGAGAUGGGCCCACUGCUCAGGAGAACAAAGUUGAGGAGCUCCACGAUGAGGAUUCUAAUGCUGAGACCAUUACCAGUCGCCCAGUUUCCACAAGCAGGGUUGAUGAGAAGAUCAAUAUCUCUGAUUCACAUGAUGAGUUGUCUGUAGAAGAUAAUCAAGAAGAUCAGAGAAAAAAUGUUGAUAGUCCUGGAAGACAUGUGGAGAGUUUAGUCUCUGUAAAGAAUUCUUACAUAAAUCAGUUAAGUGAACUUUUGGCUAAUGGUGAUGAAGCCGGAAAAGUGCCGAAUCUUGUCCAGCAACUGAGUGAGAUGAAUGUGGAUGCUGGUGCUCUUUGGAGAAAAUAUGAACUCCGCACAAUGAAGCUAUCUCAGGAGUUGGCAGAGCAGCUACGUCUAGUGAUGGAACCAACACUAGCGAGCAAGCUUCAAGGGGAUUACAGGACUGGCAAAAGGAUCAAUAUGAAGAAAGUGAUUCCGUAUAUUGCUAGUCACUAUCGGAAAGAUAAGAUAUGGUUAAGGCGUACAAAACCUAAUAAACGUGAUUACCAAGUUGUGAUCGUGGUGGAUGAUUCUCGUAGUAUGUCUGAAAAUUGUUGUGGUGACUUUGCCGUUGAAGCUUUAGUCACUGUGUGUCGUGCCUUAUCUCAACUAGAAGUGGGGAAAUUAGCUGUCACAAGCUUUGGGAAGGAAGGGAAUAUUAGGUCACUGCAUGACUUUGAUCAGCCUUUGACUGGAGAAGCUGGGAAGAAGAUGAUCUCAAGCCUGACAUUUAACCAAGAAAAUACUUUAAGAGAGGAGCCUAUGGUUGAGCUCCUAAAAUAUAUGAACAACAUGCUAGAGCAGGUAGUGGCUAAUUCCCGACUGCCUUCUGGACAGAACCCACUGCAGCAACUUGUUCUCAUCAUUGCUGAUGGCCGGUUUCAUGAUAACAAAGAGAAGGUCAAGCGGUGUAUUAGAGACCUGUUGCAUAGAAACUGUAUGGUGGCGUUCAUAGUCUUGGAUAGUGCUCAGGAAUCAUUAGUGGACUGCAAGGACUAUAUAUUCAAGAAUGGAUUACUUCAGAAAGCUGUGCCGUAUCUCGACUCUUUUCCUUUCCCCUACUACAUUGUGCUAAGGAACAUUGAGGCACUCCCUAGAACACUAGCUGAUCUCUUGAGACAGUGGUUCGAGCUGAUGCAGCACUCGAGAGACUAAUUGAUGCAGGCGCUCUCAUUGCAGCAUUGAACCUUUUGAUUGGUUGUACUCAUGCGAUAAUGUAUCAUCAGCUGCGGUUUACUUUGCCUAAAAUUUGACAGGAAUAUACAUAGUGAAAUUGCUAUUCUUGUAUUGUAUAUUUGCGGGAAGGUUUUGAGAGGCAUUUUGGUAGCUAGUAUGGUUAAUACAUAUUACGCGGGGAUGUAAAUAGGAAUGAGAGACUAGAGAAUUUUGUUUGGCCAUCUUAUGCCCCUCUCUUUCUGUCUGUCUUGAUCUUGACAAUUGUAAACUUGCGGCUAAUGAGCCUUAUUCUUUUAAUGAUAUGAUUCAUUUGGCGCCAA